AUGUUCGUCGGUCGAAUCGAUUACGUGUACAAGUGGGCCCGCUUGUGGAANCCUUUGGUUGAAGAAAUUCAUCACGUCAUCAACAACUGGGUCAGCCAGAUAAUCAGAAUUUACAGUGGUUCCGAUCACAUAGAGUUCGAUUGGCUCGUAGGACCCGUUCCCGUGGAGGAUGGCAUCGGGAAAGAAAUAAUCACUAGAUUUUCCAGUAACUUGAAGAACAAUGGGGAUUUCUAUACCGACGGUAAUGGCCGUGAAAUGUUGAAACGUACGUUAAACAGCCGUCCGAACUGGAAAGUGAGGCUCGUGGAGCCAAUCGCUGGUAACUACUAUCCCGUGACCUCUAAAAUUUCCAUCGAAGAUAAAAAAGAGAUGUUGCGUAUGAGCGUCUUACCCGACAGACCUCAGGGUGGCUCGAGUCUCAGGGACGGAGAAAUCGAACUGAUGAUUCAUAGGCGGUUGUUGUACACGGACAUAUGGAGCGGAGGUGAAGCACUGAAUGAAAUAGCUUACAAUACAGGGCUUGUCGUCAAGGGCAAACAUUGUCUCGUGACUGGUAGCUUGAUGGACCGAGACGAUUUGAUAAUGCAAGAAAAGGAGCUUGCCAAUAAACUUGCUGUUAGUCCUUGGCUAUUUUUUACUCCAUUAUAUACAUCCUUUCAGGAUUGGAGUAAACAGUACAAAAUGAAGAACGAUGGGCUUGUCAAAGCUUUGCCAAGAAAUGUCAGAAUUCUUACACUCGAACCUUGGGCAGAAGGAAAAGUUUUACUUCGAUUGGAGCACUUUUUCGAGACUGGCGAAACGCACGCGUACUCUGCAGCUGCAAAAUUUGAUCUCAAAGAGAUGUUUGCCGGUUUUACUGUGGACUCGUAUGAGGAAAUGACACUCGAUGCAAAUAAAAAUCUGAAAGACGUGGAGCGGCUCAAAUGGAAAUCGGAACUCGACGAGGUUUCCCACGUUGAUAGCUCUAAAACCGAUCGUAUAGAACUGUCCAAUGGGUCACUGAUCGUGAGACUUAAUCCUAUGCAGAUUAGAACAUUUAUCUUAAAACUUUCACCUAAAUUUCAUUAAUGUGUAUCGUCGUUUUAAGGAUGUAUAAUUACUAUCAAUGUUUAAAACUAUGUAUGUGCAUCAAAUUCACUCUCGUCUCUCUGAAUUUGUCCCAAUACGAUGUGUAUAAAUAACCUAAUAAUUGUA